AUGGCUCCUAAUGGACUCGGCCCUCGUCUAUGGGGUGUUUCUGCCUCUAUAGCACUCUUCCUGUCUAUCCCGACUGUUUUUUCUACUACGACUGCUGAUAAUGGAAAGCUACUUUCCCUCAAUGGAAUUAACUACUACGGUGGUAGUGAGGCAGUCUCGACUAUAACUACCUCGGCAGAUUUCAAUUCGACUCAAUUCGAUGACAUCGUUCCUAUAACUGUCAUUCGAACAGACGAAGCGGUACUUACUAAGAAAGACUUGAAAGAGAUUAUCUCAAACUAUUCAAUCACCGACGAUGUGUUCCAAGUUGGCUUUCUCGAGACGGUUUUCCUUGUUUACGAAGGACAUGGUCGCGGAAAAGCCGAGUCUUCCGUCACACAAAGCUUGAAAGGACUUGGUAACAGUUUAAUUAUGGCCUCUCCUGCUUAUCAGCCCCACGCCCACAUUACUCCCGCAAAACUUCGACACGAUGUACCCCAGGGGCCGUACUUCUACUCGCCACAGACAGGGGAAUUGUACCAGGCUUUUCGUUUGUAUGCGGAUCACCAACUAGCUUUUACUGAAGCUGCUUUAAGCGAUGGGGCUGGAGGGUUCAAGCCUUUACCGGGGGCCGUAUCGGGUGCAAUGACCAAAAGUGUCGCUGUUCCAUCCAGGCUAUACUAUACACCCACGUCGAGCAAGCCUCUUGCAGGUCUUCGUGUCGGAAUCAAAGAUAUUUUUGAUUUGAAGGGACUCCGAACUAGUGGUGGAAAUAGGGCCUUUUACGACCUAUAUCCUCCGCGAAACACCACCGGUCCCGCACUUCAAAGACUAAUCGAUGCGGGAGCUGUUGUGGUCGGUAAAAUGGGGACCGUUCAGUUUGCAAAUGGUGACAACCCUACAGCGGAUUGGGUUGACUUCCACUGUCCAUUUAACCCGCGAGGCGAUGGCUACCAAGCUCCCGGUGGCUCGUCUUCAGGGCCCGGUGCAGGUAUGGCCUCCUAUGACUGGCUAGACAUUGCGAUAGGAAGCGACACUGGUGGCUCCAUGCGCAGUCCUGGAGGAAUGCAAGGACUCUUCGCUAACCGCCCCUCUACCGGAGCUGUGAAUCUUGAUAAUGUGAUUCCUCUGUGCCAUGCACUAGAUACUGCUGGUGUCUUUGCCCGGAAUGCUGCGACCUGGUCGAAGGUCAUGCAUGCUUGGUAUCAGAAUUUCACGGACUACCGAGAAUACCCGAAAAGGUUGUUCUAUCAGAAUUCUUCGUUCCCCACUACCAACACGACCGCUGGUGCGCUCAUUGAGAAGCUGGUUGUGGAGGUCGAAGAUUUCCUCGGGGCAAAGAGAGAGUAUGUCAACAUUUCUUCGCAUUGGGAAGAGACUCAAUCCGCUGAAACACCGGCUAUUUCCAAGUUAUUGAACACUACAUACGCUUCCCUAGUUUCCGUUGACCAAUAUCGCUCUUUGAGUCUUCCAUUCUAUGCCGAUUAUGCCGUAAAGCAUGAUGGUCGCCGACCAUUUGUGAACCCAGGUCCCUUGGCGAGAUGGGCUUGGGGGCAGGAAAAUGGAGGUGAUGCUGCCUACGAUGAGGCCUUGAAGAACAAAACCAUCUUCAAAGACUGGUGGGAGACCGAAGGAUUUGGUAAAGCCAACGUAAAGACUUGUUCCGAGGGCAUCUACAUCUACCCUUAUAGCAAGGGAGAGACGCAAUACCGAAAUGCCUAUUUCAGUGCCCCAACCACACCUCCGCUGGGAUUCUCGGAUGGUCGUAUUGCCGUUUUGGCCGGUGCGCCUGAUCUAGUUGUACCCGUGGGUGAAAUCCCAUACAACUCUACAAUAUCCCUCAAGACGGAGUAUAUGCCGGUGACGAUGAGUUUUGUUGCGGCCAGGGGCUGUGAUUUGAUGUUGGUUAACCUCAUCGAGGAUUUGGAGAAGGCUGGUAUUCUGAGGCCCGUGAGCACCGGACCUAGGAUGUAUCCGGCGUGA